UUUCAAAAAGUGACGCUGCAAAAAAGAAAGUAGGGUCAAAAUAUGUGACUUGUGUCCUCAAGUCCGGUUUUAAAUUUAGUUUACUUUAUUUCACUUCCUGUGUAGUUUACGCGCGAAUUUCAUCGUCUGACAAUGUCUAGUAAUUCACCAAAAUGGAAAAGACCUUCAGAUGUAAUGAAAAUUCACAGAAAGAGGAAAAGACUCUCACAGAAUCGUUCAUUUUCCGAAGAAACAAAAGUUUCCGGAGUUCUUCAAGACAGCACAAACGUUAUUCUGAACUCGACAGGCUCCAAGAGAAAAAACCCAUUUUCUAGUGAAAAUUUUACUGAUGGACCAUGUAAGCGGAAAAAGUCUGACACAGAGGACAAACUUCCAAACUUUAAUGAAAAUACACAGGCAUUCUUUGCUAUUUUGGAAAACGUUAACAAAACAGAUGGAGAUGUUCCACACAUCAAAGUAGAAAAAGCAACAGAAAAUGGACCAAUUACCAGGGAUCUUCUGAUAGACGACGAUGAAGAAAAGUCCCAGUUUGAUUUCAUUGAAAAGUUCUUCAAAGCUGCUCAGACCCACAAACUCAAGGAGGAGUCACCUAAACCUGUUAAAUCAAAGAAAGAUGACCCACCCUCCUCUAGACCUGUUCCAGUGGACUGGUCAUUGAAAGUCAAACUAAGAGCAGUGUCCAAAUCCUCAUUACUGUGGUGUACACAAAUCAAAACCGGGGAGGAGGCCAAGGGACUGAGCGACUUUGUCUCCAAUAUUGACCAGGUUGACUCGAGGGAUGAUAAGUCAGACUUCCAUAGCUGUUGUAUGUAUUGGAUGUACCCCAAUCUUCCAUGGAUCAGACUUUUUCCAAGAAUUGUACCAGACAGCAAAUUAAGAUCAUCUUUUAAUGGAUUACUGAAUGAAGACAUCCAGAAAGCACUAACAGAGGACUGGACGGAGAGUUUUACCUCAGCCUUCCAUCAGUUACGGUCCCAGCACUGUCCCUAUUUCUACUUCUGCACUCAUCAGUUCACAGUUCUCUUCCGAGCGGCAGGGGUGGCCGGUCAGUCAAGUCAGAAUGCAUUCCUCACCCCCACUACACGGGGCCUCAGGGAGGCACUAAAAAAAGAGGGUAUUGAAUUUAGCAUGCCAGUACUGGAGAGGAAGAGAGAAACAUCAAGUUCUGAAAAACUGCAAAGUGAAAAUUCAGAAUCUAAGCCUGUCCAAGCUGUUGAUGAGAUAGAGGAGGAUGAGGAGGAAGAUGAGUUUUUGGACACUGAUGAGGGAGCGUCCGUGUGGCUAGAGAGUAUAGGGCUGGACAAAAAACAGUUCCCCUCACUGGACCCCAACAAAGUCAAAAUACAACGCGAGGGAUUCCGGGUAAUAGACAACCGACCAGAGUCUCUGGUUUAUAUCCAGGGCGCUGAUGUUCAGGCCCUGUUCAACUUCCUGCUGAAUUGUCGCAGCUGUGUGGCCUCCAGUGGGCCCCAGGCGGGGGUUCCCCCCACCAUCCUGUGCCCCACCCCCUUCAGAGGAGCUUCUGUACAGAGUUACAAGGUGAAGCAUUCAUUGGUGAAGCAGACAGAGAUGGAUGGAACAAUUAACCAUGUCCACAUCCUGGAAAUCUCCGGGCCUGUUCUCCCACACCAUGUCCACCAGAUACGGAAAGUCCUGGAGAGGACUCAGAAAGGGGAGUUUACUCUGACAUUUAACACACACGAACCGACCGUACCGUUUAACGCAAAGCUCCCAGUGAGUGAAUGUAACCCAGAGAGGGAGAAGAUGAAGAUGAGGGGAGAGAAAUUUGACACGUUCUUUGAUGUGUGUGACAUUGAUGAUAGGCUGACAUGUAUCAGAGAGUUGUACUGUAGAGAUUAUAGCUAUGAUUGGGCAACCUGAUUUUAUGAUGCAUAGUUAAUGUGAUUUUAAUGUCUAGAUAUUUGAUAUAGCUGAUUUUUUUAACGUUUCAUGUGUAUCAAGAACUUGAUACUUUGUGGGUGAAAAAUCAAUGUUUUGUCUCUAUUUAUUAUGAUGAGAAGUUUUGUUCUCAUUAUUGAUUUUAUGAAAAAGAUUUUUUACUUGUAGUAGAAAGAGUAUCAAAUAAAUGUGGAAAAACCUGGUAUAGACAUAU